AUGGAAAACAUUUCAGGAACAGGGACCCUGAAUAGGUCUUGCUACGGUUCGGAGGAUCUGUGUGAGUUUUACAAAGGCGCCGACACUAACUUCACACUCGAACAGUAUCCAGAUUUUUACAUUGUGCUGCCCGUGAUUUAUUCGGUGAUCUGUGCCGCUGGGCUCACAGGCAACACGGCCGUGAUUUAUGUGAUUUUAAAAGCUCCUAACAUGAAGACAGUGACCAAUAUGUUCAUCUUAAAUCUGGCCAUUGCGGACGACCUUUUCACCCUAGUCCUGCCUAUCAAUAUUGCGGAUCAUCUACUAUACUACUGGCCCUUUGGGGAGAUCAUGUGCAAGCUCAUCCUUUCCAUUGACCACUACAAUAUUUUCUCCAGCAUUUAUUUCCUGACAGUCAUGAGUAUAGACCGCUACCUGGUGGUCCUCGCCACAGUCCGCUCUAAAAAGCUGCCGCACCGCACUUACAGGGCUGCCAAAAUCGUCAGCCUCUGUGUCUGGGUCCUCGUUUCCCUUAUCGUUUUGCCCUUCACAAUCUUUGCCGAAGUCUACACCGAUCCCAUGAACAGGAAAAGCUGCGCCCUGGUGUUCCCCAAGCCGGAACGCGCCUGGCUGAAAGUCAGCCGCAUCUAUACCCUCAUCCUCGGCUUUGCAAUCCCAGUCACUACAAUCUGUGUCCUCUACACUCUGAUGUUGUACAGGCUCCGGAGCAUGCAUUUGAAUUCGAACGCCAAAGCUCUGGACAAGGCCAAGAAGAAGGUGACGUUGAUGGUCUUCAUUGUGCUGACCGUGUGUCUCUUCUGCUGGACGCCCUUCCAUCUCACCACCAUUGUCUCUUUGACCACGGAUGUGCAAGAGACGCCGCUUGUGAUUGGGAUCGCCUACUUCAUCACAAGUUUAAGCUAUGCUAAUUCCUGCUUAAAUCCCUUUCUGUACGCCUUUCUGGAUGACAGUUUCCAGAAAAGUUUCAAGAAAUUGUUGGAAUGCAGGGCAGGGUAG